GUUUCGUUCGCGGCAUGAACGAACCUGCCGCCGCCUUCGCUUCUGCGUCCCCGCGAACCUGAUACCCGUGAACCUCAGCAUAUAAAACUCUGGCCUGGCCACCUGGAAUUUAAUUCUCGACACGCCAAACACGACACGUCAAUUUAGAUCGACCUGCAUUUUCUAGACCACAUUCGACAGCCCAGCCGAACCCGAGUCGCAAUUUCAGUCUCAAGCAAACCCGACACGGCCUGGUCUCGCCCUCAUCACAGCGUCGCCCGCCGCCUGAAUCAAACCGACCCCGCAGAGAAGGGACGGUAAUGGUCCCUUCACGACCUAAAUCAGACACGGCUCUCAGGAUACGGCCUUCACCAUAGGUUAAAAGUAGAGGCAAUCGAGACCACAGGCGCCGCCGCCACCACGCGAUGCCUCCGCCGCUCAACCGGUUCCCCAACGGGCCCACCGCCAUCUCUCCCUACCACCAGCAGUUUCCCUCCCAUCCCCAGCACGCGGCCACCCAUGCGCCGCCCAUGGGCGCCACCACCGCGGCCUACCUCAACGCCCAAGUCGGCCACGUAAACCCCUUCUCGGCGAACAGCAACCUAUUAGGCCUGGGCGGGGGCCUCACUGCCGCCGCCAACCUGGGGUUCGGCGCCGACUCCGGCCUCGCGAGCCACGCCGCCCGCAUGGGCUUCACGCACGCCGGCAACCUGCAGCAACAACAGCAAUCCCAGCAGCAGGCCCUGCAACAGCAGCAACCAUCGCAGCACGUCCAACACGCCCCGCCCGUCCAGCACCCACAACAUGCAUCGCAACAAGGGCAUAGCCUGGCUGAGCACGCGACACGGGUCGCGCAGAAGGGACGGAUAAGGGAGGUGUGGAAGCACAACCUGCACGAGGAAAUGGCGAACCUGCGCGACCUGGUUGACAGGUAUCCGUACAUUGCUAUGGACACCGAAUUCCCCGGCGUUGUGGCGAGGCCAAUGGGAGGGUUUCGAGGAAAGAGCGACUACCACUACCAAUGUCUGCGGGCCAACGUGGACUUGUUGAAAGUGAUACAAAUCGGCAUCGCCCUCUUUAACGAAGACGGCGAACAACCCCCGGCCCGUCCCAGCUCGACUGACUCGGCAGAGUUGCGGAGGACAGGAAACCAGGCGCCGCUGCCGUACGCCUGGCAGUUCAACUUCAAAUUCUCGCUUAAGGACGAGAUGUAUAACCAGACAUCGAUCGAGUCGUUACAGCAGGCGGGCAUCGACUUUGCGCUGCUGGAACGCGACGGCAUCGACCCGCAUGAGUUUGCGUCCCUCCUGAUCCCGUCAGGCCUCGUUUGCUUCGACGACGUCCGCUGGAUUAGUUUCCACGGCGGCUACGACUUUGGCUAUCUGACCAAGCUCCUCAUCUGCCGCCCGCUGCCCUGCGACGAGGUCGAGUUCGACCAGCUCAUGAAGCUGUAUUUCCCCUCGACGUAUGACGUUAAGCACCUCAUGAAGCACGCCAUCAAGCUACACAACAGCGGCAUGCUCACCCCCAUCGACCCCAGCGCCAUCGAGAUCAUGCAAAAGUUUGAGCAAAAGUCCGGGCUCGAGCACAUCGCCGAGACGCUCAAGCUCAAGCGCGUCGGCAGCGCCCACCAGGCCGGCUCCGACAGCCUGCUGACGGGCCGAGUCUUCUUCGAGCUGCGCAAGCGCAUCUUCAACGGCGACAUCUCCGACGACCAUCUCGGUAAGGUCUGGGGUCUCGGCAUCCCCGAUUUCUCGAUUGGCGGUGCCGGCAUUACCGUCACCAACAACAAUCCCAAUACGAGUGCCGGUGCCGGUGCUGCUGGCGGGAACAGCCACGUCGAAAACACACCGCCAAGCCACCACCACCCCCAUCACCAUCACCACGCUCACCACCCGAACGGCACCCUCCAAAACGGCGGCGGCGGCACCCCGAGCACUCCCAACACGGGCAGCGUCGGGCUCGUCGGCACACCGGUUGGCUCGCAGAAUACCAACGGCACCACGGGCACGACUACAUCGUCGAAUACCGGCGGCCCUCCUGGGCUGGGCGGUCCCAUGACGCCUGGCGGGGGCGGGGGGGUCUUUGGGGCGUUUGCUUUUGGCGGGAAUGCGCGGUAGAAUAGAAAAAGGUGCAAAUUGAAUGAAAUCAUUCACAACAACACGACUGGGCGGAUCGGUUUCUUUCUUCUUCUGUUGUUCUGCGUUAGGUUUGUUCUUCUUUCAUCAGCAAAUCAAUGGGAUCGGAUAUAACGUUCCGUUGUCGAAGCGUGUGGUGUGUAACUGUAUCGGGUUGCAGUGAGUGAAGUAAACUCCUGGCUGAAUAGGAUGGAACCGACUGUUGAACGGAUAACGGGACUGGCGGUAAACUGGUGCCUGGUGCGUAACUGUGUCUGGUUGGGCAUUUGUUCCCCCUUUUUUCUUUUGGCAGGUGGUGCGGUAAGGGGUGGCUGGUAUGUAGUUUUCUGCCUCUUCCACUUCAAGUUGACAUAACGUACUGUACAUUAACAGCGAGUGACCCAUAUCACCCAUAUCACCGUGACCCACGU